AUUCUACGUCAGAGGACUCAUCCCGGGACCAAGACUUUGCUGGUGGGGAAGCUGAUUGUAAACCAAGGCUGCUGAAGAUUGACGUAGCCUCCUUAACUGGAGGAGGAAAAAGGAGAAUCAAGAAAGAACCGAGUACCACCAUGACCUUCCUGUCGAGUCCCGGUGGCCAGUUUGAUGGCAAUGCCAGCGCGAGCUCUAGCAGCAACAGCUCUCCAGAACCAACGAUUUCUGAUCCGCUCGGCAAGAGACGCACAUGCAGGAUAUGUCUCAUCACCCUGCGCGAUCAGGAGGAGAAAUCCUUGCACCUCCACACCGUGCACUUCAACCGCUUCACCAACAAGUGGCAGUGCCCGUACUGUGAGAACAGCUACACCGCCAGCAACAACCUGCAGAAGCACUGCAUCAAGGAGCACGGCCUGCCCGCCAGCGCACCGAAGGGCGAGCGCUGCCGCUGUCUCAUCUGUCACGCACGGUUUGACAGCCAGGAAGAGAAGACCAGACAUCUCCAUGCCGAACACUACAACCAGCAGGUCCAGAAGUGGGAGUGUCCCUUCUGCAGCCACUCCUACACUGCCAACAACAACCUGAAGAAGCACUGCAACAAGGUGCACUACAAGCUCUGCCUGGUGGAGUGCCCUGUCUGCGGGAAGGAGCUGAAGGACAAGCAGCGUCUCAAGGAGCACAUGUACUCCCACACGGGGGAGAAGCCCUACGUCUGCACCACCUGCAGCAAGAGGUUCACCUGCCAUACAGGUCUGAAGCGUCACCUCCUGCUGCACACGGGCGAGCGGCCGUUCCACUGCAGCAUCUGCGACAACAGCUUCCGGCAGAAGCGCCACCUGAAGGAGCACAUGCUGCGCCACUCCGACGCCAAGCCCUACCGCUGCGAGACCUGCGGGCAGCAGUUCCGCCACAGCACCGCCUACCGCAACCACCGCUACCAGCACACCAACCACCGCCCCUGGCUCUGCAAGCUGUGCGGCGCAGGAUUCAUCAAGAAGAUCAACAUCAGGAGACACCUCGCCACCAAGCACGGCAUCGCGGACAGUGAGGACAAAGGGCAGGGGUCAGAUGGCACAGGUCAAGUGGGGUCAGAUGGCACAGGUCAACUUGGAUCUGAGGUUAUAGGUCAAGUGGUGUCAGAAAGCAUGGGUCAAGUUGGAGCUGAGGUUAUAGGUCAAGUAGGGUCAGAGGGCACGGGUCAAGCUGGAUCUGAGGGCAUAGGUCAAGGGGGGUCAGAGCAACCACCCAGCAACGGAGUAGGUGUGUUGGGAAUGGGAGGGGGAGAGUUGUCUGGGCUGGACCCAGGUGGGGUUGCCAUGGUAACCAAAGGCAGGGUUGCCAUGGAAAUCCCAGGUGAGACAAUAGAGCAGGUAGGACAUGUGGAUGGAGAGGGAGGAAUCGCUCUACCUGGGGGUCAGGAGAACAAGAGCAUGUUGGCUGUGGAGAACAUGUUUGAGUCCAUCAAUCCCUGGGGAAAGUAAUCAAACUUGGGUCAUGAUAGGGCUUAGGAUAGAGGGCUGUAUUUGCUGACCAAGUCAUACAUGUUGUUAUUGUUGCCAUGUACUAUUAUGUUUGUAAGUAGUUUUACAAGUUACAAAACUUCUACUGACAAAAGAAUUCUUAUUGCUAAAAAAGUUACUGCAAAAUAAUCUACAUUUUGUUAGAUUUGUUAUCUGAGUGUUUAGAGUGUCUGACUGUUUAUUGUAACCAUCAUAUUUCAGACCAUUUAAAGGAAAACGGUACCAGAAAUUUUGGGUAUCAAAAUCUGUCACUAAGUUAAAACAGAUAAAAUGCCCUGUUAAAACAAUUUUAAAGUGAAAGUGAUGUCUAAGUGCAGAAAGGCCAAUGUGCAAUGUUGGGUGUUAAGGACACCUCUUCUCCGAGACAGAUACGUGUUAAGACGUUAUACGAAGAUUACCAUGAGAAAAUAUUUUAUGUAACUUCUCUUUUCAUGGUUCAUUCCAUUAUUUUUUUUACAAAUGACUAAAAGUUGUUUUAUAGUCAAAGUUUUGAGUGCCAAUAUUGUAUCAUCUUGACAAGAAUAUCCUUUAAAACCAUCUUCUCAAGAUUUUACCAGGUGAAAAAUAAUUUUAAGAAAUCAAAAGACAAUUUUACUAUGCCAGUGUUAAGUUUAAGAAAGUUUGACCAAGUCUAUAUUUCUUUACAAAUAGUUGUUGUUUAUUAAUAAGUAUAUUUAGAUGUCCAUUUAUAUGUAUAUGUAUUUAUUCAUUGUAAAAAAAAAAUCAAAAAGAGAUUAGAAAUUAAUGUUGAAA